UAGUAACCAGUGGGCCGGUGUGUUUUGCGACAGACCGUGUUCCGCGCCGCAGCACAUCACCAGCAGAUGAAUGCAACGUAAACGCAUAGUUUCAGUGCUAUGGAGAUGCCCAUUGGAUGAGCGCCAGUGCACUUAGUCAUGGGAACAUCGCAUUUACAUCCAUCUGCAUUUUAGUUAGCUGCCGCUGGUCCUGUUAUGCAACAUGCAGCCCUGGAGUUACUGGAAGAGUCCUGUGAGUGGGCCUUCCUGAAUCCAGGGGGUUUCCAAGCCCACCCAUGCCUGUCAUUCCCAUCCCACGGAGGGUUCGCUCCUUCCAUGGCCCUCACACUACCUGCAUGCACUCCGCCUGUGGUCCGGCGCGCACCGCCCAGCUCGUACGCACCAAAUACAACAACUUUGACCUGUACCUGAAGUCUCGAUGGAUGUAUAGUUUCAUCCGGUUCCUUCUCUAUUUUGGCUGCAGCCUUUUUACCUCCCUCCUCUGGGUGGCACUGUCUGCACUCUUCUGCCUGCAGUACGUCAGCGUGCGAAUUUUCCUUCGUCUUCAAUACAAGCUGUCCGUCAUUCUACUGCUGCUGGGUCACCGCCGGCUGGACUUUGGCAUCCUCAAUGAUCUGUUUAUAUACAGCAUGCAUGUUACCAUGUUUCUGAUCGGAGGCCUGGGAUGGUGUUUCAUGGUCUUUGUAGAUAUGUGAAGUUCGGUCUGGUUGAAUGAUCACUGUGUUGAAAGACACUCCAUUUGAUUUGCUUUUUGAGCAUGCAACUUUUACACAUCUUGACAGAACUGAGAACAUAUGUGCGACACAUUUAAAAAAAGCUGAAAUACUUUUCCACAGCUUGCUUCUCAUUCCAGUGUAAGAAAAAUGUUAUGAGUGUGCAUGGUUUUUCUUUUUUUAGAUUUGAUAUUAAUUAAAUGUGUUGUAUUCUAACACUGUGCAUAGGGAAGUAUGAUUUAUUUUUUGUUUUUAAUGUCAGUAAACCGAUGUUUCAUAUAUUUUUAGAUCUGCAUGUGCCUCUUAUGUUUGCUUUUGAGAAGGUGCUAUUUUAUCUCAGUUUUCCUUCCUUCCAUUCUCAUGCAGAAAUAUCCUUCGCUAAUGGCCUCUUUCAGCUUACUUGCGGCGUUCAGACCAUAUUAUUUGUAUGGUGCCAAUCAGAGCAUGAGUCUGAUGCCCCAUGUUGCAUUAGUGUGGUGUUAUUGGCGCCAGCCUGGCAUGAAAGUAAAGUGAGUGAGUACAAUCUCCUAUUGUUUGAGGAUCAAACAUCAUAUGCCUCAUACUUGGCCAAGCAUGCUCUUUUGUUCUGAAACUGAACGGACACCAGUGACAUUUCAGACAAGCCAUUGUACAGCUCAACCCAGAAGGGUCAAUGCCCUGAUGAACCGACACAUGUACAGCUGCCGAAUGACUGGAGUAUCACCUGUGUCAAAUGGCGAACUCUCUUGGAGGGACACAUAUCUACUACUGCAGACCUGCUCAAAUAGUUAUUGUGGUGUAGCAGAGUUCAAUAACAUCUCAGGAACAGCAUCAAAACACUAGGAAUAAAAAUUGUGUAAAUCUUACCGGUGUGUGCAAUUAUGAUUUCUGUGUAUAAUAAAUGUGUCCUAGACAAUUGUGUCCUAACUUUGAUUCAAAGAGAUGCAUUGGAAUAUUCUGUGUUUUUGUCUUUGACCAAUAUGGGUUUUUAGUGACUGAUACUGAUAUCCAGAGAACAAUAAAACUGAUAGAUAAAUAUAGCAAAAGCAAUGAACACAAUCUAAAUAAACACUUAUUUUGCAUAAUACUGGCUUUAAAUCCACAAAAAAAAAGCUGUGCUUAUAUGACCACAACACACUCUUAGAAUUGUAUUUGUACGGUGUGUCCCAAAGACUCCCUUGUUUGUGGAACUACUUUCUUAUGCUAAAGAUUCAGGAUUAUUCAUUACUAGUUAAAAAUCAUCAUUUUACAAUUAGCAAUGGAUUAGGCUGUUUCUGAGAAGUUACUAGAGUAACAAGGAGCCAGCACAACUGAAAAUUACUUUUAUACAUAAGUUCAAUAAAUAAUAGUUAUUACCAAUAAAGUAUUACAAAGUAACCUUUUAGACACAAUAUUGCUUGUUACUUUGUCUAUUUUUGCUUUGUCAGAUAGUUUCAAAAAAGCCACAGUUGAAAC